GGCAUGGGAUGCGGCGAAGGACCUGUUUCAGUGCCACACGAGUCUGAUGCAAGUAGCAAAUUCAACAUUUAAACCACUUAAGCAUGCAGAUGGAGGUACUGCGCAGAGAUUGAAAGGCGGUGACGAGACUGGGAUGACAUAACGUGCCGGCCGGGUGGGUGCGGGAAGAGGCGCGCCCUUCUCCUCAUUGGCCGAGCCUUGGUGUUUUAGAGCGGCGAGAGAGGGAGCUGAACUGCUGUUCGGGGACGUCGCUGGUUUGUGUCGGCUGCUGCUCUCUGGUCACUGAAGUGGCGAUGGCUGGCUUCACCUUCCUCCUCGUUGUUCUGUGUCUCUCGCCAGAUCUGAGGAUGAAGUCUCCCCGAGGCCACACCCUCUUAACUAGACAUGAGAAGCUGGAAAUCCAGAGCAACACACACGAAGUGCUGGAGGAACUCAGCAGGUGUUCCCCAACUAAAAGCAGCAGAUUUGGGCGAGGCCGGUCAUUUUCAGCUGCAUAGUCGCAAGCAAUCGUAUGAACUGCAGGAUUUCAUAUCCUGUGGUAUAUGUGAGAAAUUGGUGCAUCAUCUCAGACUGGCUCAGAAGAGUAUUUCAGAAGUAAGCGAACUGCUGGAGAAAGGCUGCAGCGACUUGAAUGGAGCCCAACGUAAUCUGUGUGAAAAGUUUGUUCACUCUUACAAACCAGAGCUAAGUGGAAUGCUUCAGAAGUCCCAGGAAGAAAAGGACAUUUGUGGGGGACUGAGAAUCUGUAUAAGGAAAAGGACUGAAUCACUGCUCGGAAAGAAUAAAUGCACUUGGGGACCAUCGUACUUCUGUAAGGACCGAGAAACAGCCACCAAGUGUCAUGUUGUUGAAUACUGUAAGAACCGUGACUGGAAUUAGAGCUCAUUUCAUAUCACUGGUGGAAGACAGAGAAAUUAAAUAUUUAAAAGAUGCAAAGGCUGUUCCAUUAGUACCAAUUAAAUGAUGAUUCUGCUUGUGUGUGUGCAUGUUUCCUUUAAGCAAUUUUGGGCUGCUGUAGCUUAUGCAUUCAAUGCAAUCCCUAUAAUUGUGAGAUGUUACAGAGUCGAGAUUAUUGGUAAUCCUUUACUUCCAUCUAAUCAAUAUUGCCAGAUGCUAUUUACGCAGAGUUUCAAUGACAAAAAUUGAUUAGGGGUUUUGGUUUCAUCAACUGUUAAAAUUCAGCAGACUA